AUGUCCCAAUUUCUAGUUAAACUCGCAGUGAAAAAGAUAUUUGAUGAAACCAAAUUGAAUAAAUUUGGAACUGAAGACCCAUAUUGCUCGGAAAUUAUAAUUGAUUAUGCUGGUACUGGUAAGAAAGUCAUUAAAAAGGUGAAAAAACAGGCCCCAAUAGGAAUAAGUUUGCAUGAUGCAAGAAUCUAUGAAAGAGUCAAACGCAGAGCCUAUAGAAUGGACUUAUUAUUCAAUUUUUGUGGCUUGAGGAUUGGGUUAGCUCAUAUAAUUGGUUUUGUUCCCGUUAUUGGCCCAAUAUGUUGCAUUUUUUUAUCACUUAUGAUCUAUAGGUUGUGCCUACAAGUGGAAGGUGGCAUACCGAUAGAUAUUCAAAUUAAAAUGGUUUUGAACAUUGCCAUUGAUUUUGCAAUUGGUAUGAUUCCAAUAAUCGGUGAUUUUAUUGAUAUGUAUUACAAGUCUAAUUCUCGGAAUUUAUUGUUAUUGGAAAAGCAUUUGAUUAAUGUGGGAGAACUAAAUAGAAGCGCAACAGAGCCCAGGGAAAUUCAGCAGGAAAAUGUACAAGUUUAUUCAGACAACAUUCCAACACAUGUCACUACCGGAAGAAAAGAAGAGUGA